AAUCAAAUGCAUCAUAUAGGAUUUCCUACAUCAAGAGCAUUUUUGAUUUUCAAAACGAAUUCAGUAAGUGGAAGAUCAUGUACAUGUCCAACAUCUUAUUCCUGUUCUUGCUGUGAAAAUGUUAUCAUCAUCUACACUAAAAUGAGAAAACAACUUUGUGUAAAUUUUAAUUAUGAAACAAAUGGAUUGAAUGUAAAUAUCACAUUGAAUACAAUAGUCCUAACUAAUCGAACUGUUACAGAGUAUAAACCUUUUAAAAUAUGCAGCCGAGUACCUGGUAGUUUAUUUUCAAGUGUUUGCGCUAACAUUUUAGAAUUGAAUCAAUUUCCCAGAUCAAUCACUGCUUGUCUUCGGACUGAAAUAACUACUAAAUAUAAAUCAUGGGAAUUGACUUACAAUUGUGUCAGCAUAUCAACGGAGUUGCCAAUGAUGACUACUACACAAUCAUCAGAAAUGCCAGCAAUGCCAGCAAUGCCAGCAAUGACCACAGGACAAAUGCCAGGUAUGUCAGGAACAACUUCAGGACAAAUGAUGGGAAUGCCAGGGAUGUCAGGAACGACUUCAGGACAAAUGCCAGCAAUGCCAGCAAUGCCAGCGAUGUCAGGAAUGACUCCAGGACAAAUGCCAGCAAUGACUCCAGGACAAAUGCCAGCAAUGCCAGCAAUGACUUCAGGACAAAUGCCAGCAAUGACUUCAGGACAAAUGCCAGCAAUGCCGGGAACGACUUCAGGACAAAUGAUGGGAAUGGCUCCUGGAUAAAUAUCAAGAAACAAGACUAAUAACAUUAGGUCAAU